CUUUUGUCUUGUACCACAGAAACCGUCUUUUGAACUUCUUUUUGUUCCUCUUUCCUUUCCCUCGUAAGGUUCUUGUGAUUAGUUCUAUUGGACUAUUUGCAUCAAUACUAAAAGGGAUCCACUCUUUCAAGUGAUUGCGGCUGAUUAAUUCUACAUUGAACUGCUGUAAAUGGCUGAGGAGGGUCAAAGGGUUUCUCUAAAUGUUUAUGAUCUAAGCCAAGGACUUGCUCGACAGAUUUCAAGGUCAUUUUUGGGGAAAGCUAUUGAAGGCAUAUGGCACACAGGAAUUGUGGUUUAUGGCAAUGAGUAUUACUUUGGUGGGGGCAUACAAAUACAACAUUGUCGUGCUGGAUCAACACCUUAUGGAACUCCACUUAGAGUGGUAGAUUUAGGUGUCACACAUGUGCCCAAGGAUGUCUUUGAAAUGUAUUUGCAGGAAAUCAGCCCGCGGUACACAGCUGAAUCCUAUAGUUUGCUUACCCACAAUUGCAACAAUUUUACCAAUGAAGUUGCCCAAUUUUUGGUGGGUGCAACCAUUCCUGAAUAUAUUCUACAGCUUCCGAAUGAAGUUACGAGCAGCCCAAUAGGGACUCUUUUAUCGCCCAUGUUAGAGAUGUUUGAGACAACAUUGAAAUCUGGUGGAGUACCCCUAAUGCCCCAUAUUAUUACCCUAAUGCCCCAUAUUAUUAGGCCUUCUACUGUGAGUCCUUUAUGUUCUGCUUCAGUAAAACCCCGAAAUAAUUCCAGUGCUCCUAAGACAGAGAUGUAUAACUCUGCUUCACAUAACGAGGCCAGAGUAGAUCCUCUUGCCAAUGCACGUAGCCUUGUUCAAGAUGAGAUAUCGAGAGAGUUUUUUUCAAUUCUGGCAAGUGGGACAAUGCGUGCUAGUGAGGCAGCAGUACUUGCCACUAAAAGAAUCAUGGAAAAAUUUGGCCAGACUGAUGUUUCACAGAGUUAGCAUCUCUUGUUUUACUUGUUUGAUAAAAUUGUGAUCUUUAACAAUGGUUCAAAAAUUAACAUUGCAUGUGAUUGGAAGGUGUGAAUUCAAUGACUUCUG